UUGAGAACGUGGAGGGUCUUUUUGACUUGAAAACCGAAUUCCAGACCAGAAAGUAUCUGCUCUCCACAGAAGGGUUUCCAGAUCUGCCCCUUCUCCAUCCGCCGCUGCUUUCUUGAAAUCUCAGGCAUGUUUAGGAUGAAGAAGAACGUUGAAGGGCAACUGCCUUUUUGUAGUGAUACAUAAUAUGAGGGAGCACGAGUUAAGGUUUCAUGCAGGUUUAACAGUACAUGUUCUCCAAUGGUAAAAGCAAAGCGCAAACAGCUAGCAGCAAUAGCUGCAGAGAAAGAUAGUAUGUCCAGUGACAACAGUUGGGUGGUAGUUAAGAAACAGAAAAUCACUAUACUGGUUCCUCCAUCAUCACCUGUGCAGCCUCCACCCCAAAGUUCAAGAAUGAAGCGAGUACCAACAAAGGGUAGAAAGACAGCUAAAAGCAGACAUCAGAUAAUGGCUAAGAGACAUUACAAGCGAUCAUGGAGUAAACAGAGAAAGUCCACAACAUGCCCUUUCAAAGAGGAAAUUCAAUUUGUCGGAGGGGGAUCAAAAGCUUUGGACAUCAACAAUUCAGCUUGCCGACCUGGUCUUACAAACCAGUUACCUAAGUCUACUUUCAAAACAGCACCAGAAGGUUCAGAUCUGCUUGUUUGUGCAAACUUCCCAGCCACCAAAAACAAGCACAUGUUAAGAACAGGUAAAUUUUCGGAAACUCUUGUGGGUGCAUUUCGACCACCCAAUAGGGUAUUAGAAGCUCGGGAUAGGCAACCCUCAUCAUCAUUUGCAACUUUGAAUCAUCAAGAUCUCCCUCUGCACAUCAUUGGAGAGAAGGGCACAUUUUUUGAAAGAUCAUUUAGCUGCCUCAAUGUGGGUGCAUUGCAAAAUCAAAAGAUGAGAGCAUUGAAUAUUGAGAGGAAGCUUGAAAGAGCUGGUGGGUUGAGCAGGUGGCUUGUAUCACAAGGGCUGGGGCAGUUCAUACCGAUGUUUCAGAGGGAAAAUGUCGACAAAAUACAAUUGCUGAAUCUGACCAUGCACAAGCUCAAGGAUAUGGGAGCAGAUGCAGUUGGGCCCAGGAGAAAACUGAUACAUGCCAUUGACUGUCUCUGUCAGCCUUACUUUUCUAAUGUGAAUGAUUAGGGGAGCUCAUGGUUUAGAAGGUAAAUCUUCCUGCAAUUUUUAAUCUCUCCUGACUGGCAAAAACUUGGCUGGCAAUGUAAAUGUGUAUGAUGCAGUUAUGAUCAGUCAAUUAUAUGUUUAUUAUUAUUAUUAUUAAAUUUUUAUGGUGGUGUUGAGGGAUAUAUUAGUAAUUUAACUUAUCCUUUUGCUAUUUCAUUAUAUGGGCUUGUUAUCCUCGCUCAAAUGAGGGCUUUCUUGUAAUUUAAUUGACUAUCAUAAGUAAUGACUCCCACUCGUUGGAUUGGUUUUGGGUCUCCUA